UAAAAUCUGGAAAAACAGAAAAAAAAAAACCAACAACACAAUUAAAUCUACCAGAAAAGCUGGAAGACCAGAGAAGACCACAAGAAAUUUCACCAAAAAUCGUCGAAAAAUCUAAAGACAGAAAAUUAAUUAGUAAAAUCCGGAAGAACACCAACAACACAAUUAAAAUUAACAGAAAGCCGGAAUACCAGGGGAGACUACAAGAAAUUUCACCAGAAAUCGCCGAAAAAUCUAAAGACAAAUAA